AUGUUGUUUUUAUUUCUUUUCGUUUUUGUAUUAUUCUUACAAACAAAUACAAUAUUAACACAUUGUCCAACAAAUCCAUUAUGUCGUUUAAGUAAUGAUUCAAUGACAAUUAUAUGUGAUACAACAUAUGGUAGUGGAAAUGAAAGUAGUCAAUAUCCAAUUAUAUCAUGUUUUCCACCUGUUAAAACAUAUUUAAUUCGUAAUUUUGAACGAAUAUCAUUAUAUACAUUUCAAAAUAUAACAUUUUCUGAAAAUCAAAUAUUUCUAAUUAAAUUAAUAAAUAUAUCAAUAAUUGAUUCAGAUGCAUUUUCAAAUUCAAUAAUUAUUCCUCAUAAUUCAAAAUUAUCAAUUGAAAUUGGAGAUUUCAAUAGUUCAACAAGUAUAACAUUAAAAACAAAUGCAUUUAAUAAUAUUAAAAUUGAUCAUUUACAUUUUAAUUAUAUAAAUAAUUUUAAUGGAUAUUCUAUAUUUGAUACAGAUUGUUUUAGUAAUAAUUCAAUAAUUAAUGUACUUACAUUUGAAUAUUGUAAUAUAACAGGUUUUUCAAAUAUAAUAGGAAACAUUGCACAGGUUUAUCAUUUAUUUAUUAGACAUUCAUCUAGUUUAAUACAAUUAACAGAUAAAAGUUUACCAUUAUUUUUAACAAAAUCAAAAGCAUUUGAAAUAUCAAAUACAAGUUUAUCUAUAAUUAAUUCACAUACAUUUCAAGCAUGGUCACUUAUACUUGAAGAAUUAAUUAUUUCAAAUAAUUCAAAUUUAGAAAUAUUUCCAACAAUAAUUACUGAUGGUGUUUUAAUGAAAUUAAAUAAACUUGAUUUAAGUUAUAAUUCAAUAAAAAUUCUCGAUAUAAAUUAUAAUUGGUUUGCAUAUAGUUAUACAAAAUAUUUAUUAUUACGUAAACAACAACUUGAUUUAUUUCUUAAAACAAAUAUAUUAAAAACACUUCCAUUAAUAGAAAAAAUUGAUUUUUCUGAAGGUUUUAUUAGUAAUAAUAAUGAUAAUAUAAUUAAAAAUUAUUUUCCAAAUAUAUCAAAUUUAAAUUCAAUUGAUAUUUCAUAUACAAAUUUUUCAGAAAAUAUGAUUAUUGAUUUACUUACAUCUAUAAGUCAAAUAGCAAAUCAUUUUGUAACUAUUCGUUUAUAUGGUCAUACAUUAAGUGAUAAAAAUUUUUGUUCAUAUUAUAAAAUAUUUAAAAAUGCACCUAAUCUACUUCAUCUUGAAUUAGAUAAAUCACAUGUCUGUAAUUGUGUUAUUGAUUUAUUUUAUAUGAAUCAAUUUCGACAAGAUAUAACUAAUGCUUCUGUAUUACAACCAACAUGUUUAUUUAAUUCAACACGAACACCUUGUAAUAUUGAUACACAAUUAUCAUUAUCAAAUUGUAAUCUUGGUGGACAAAAUCCUGAUGAAUUAAGUACAGAUAGUAAAGUUGGAAAUUAUGCAUUUGGUGCUGUUGUAGGUGGUUUAACAGUUGCUGUAUUAGUAUUAAUAUUACUUGGUUUUAGUGUUGUUUAUCAAAUACGAAGUCGACGUAAUACUGAUCUUGAUAUGGAACAACCUGUUGAAAAUCCAUUAGCUGCAAUCAUCGAAGAACGUUUACAAAAUACAUAA